GGGAGAGUGAGAGAGAGAGAGAGAGACAGAGAGAGGAGAAUGGGGGUGGCGUCGGAGAGCGCUUUCCCUUUCGCCUCGACGAAGCUCGCGACGUCUCCGCGCUUCUGUAGCUCGAUCAGUAGGAGGAUAUUUUCUGAUGUUGUUGGGGAUGUAACAAUUUCCGUGGAUGGCCAAUCAUUCUUGUUGCACAAGUUCCCUCUGGUUUCUCGGAGUGGAAAAAUUCGCAAGAUGGUAGUGGAAUCGAAGGAUACAGAUCUUUCUAUGUUGGAGCUUUUCAAGGUACCUGGGGGAGCCCCAGCAUUUGAACUUGCUGCAAAAUUCUGCUAUGGAACAAACUUUGAAAUCACUACGAGCAAUGUAGCCCAUCUUCGAUGCAUUGCCGAGUAUCUAGAAAUGACAGAAGAUUACCAGGAGGAGAACUUAAUUGCCCGGACAGAAACCUACUUGAAUGAGAUUGUGGUGCAAAGCCUUGAAAAGUCUAUCGAAGUUUUAUGUGCUUCUGAGGGUUUGCAUCCCACUGUGGACGAGCUCGGUAUACUGGACAGAUGUGUGGAUGCAAUUGCCAUAAAUGCUAGCAAGGAACAGCUGGUUUCUGGUUUAGCCUGCUUAGAAUGCGAUGCCGGAUCUGGGAAAUUGAAAAUGGAUGGCCAGGACUGGUGGGUGGAAGAUCUUUCAGUGCUGCGACUGGAUCUUUAUCAGCGAGUUGUAGCUGCCAUGAGGAGGACAGGGGUGAGAUCAGAUAGCAUUACCACUUCAAUUGUGCACUAUGCGCAAACCUCUCUGAAGGGUGUUGAAAGAUAUCAAGCUUGGGAUUCUAGUACUUUUGUUGGAGGCAAGCAGAGAGUGAUCAUAGAAACACUUGUUGGUCUCUUAGCAACAGAGAAGAUUACCUCUGUUCCUCUGUCCUUUUUGUUUGGGAUGCUAAGGAUGGCAAUAGAGGUGGAUGCAGGUCGUGGCUGUAGGCUUGAGCUUGAGAGGAGGAUUGGUUUCCAGUUGGAAAUGGCUUCACUUGAUGACCUGCUCAUUCCUUCAUUGCAGACGAAUGAUUCAGUGUUUGAUGUUGACACUGUCCAUCAUAUACUGGUGACUUUCCUGCAGAGGAUUGAAGAUGAAGAUUCUGAAGAGUUGUUGCAGUGUGGAUAUGAAUCUGAAGGUCUUAAGUCUCCAAGUCACAGUUCGGUUCUGAAAGUGGGGAGGCUUAUGGAUGGGUAUCUUGCGGAAAUUGCACCAGAUCCAUACCUCAAAUUGCAAAAGUUUAUGGCUAUCAUUGAACUAUUGCCAGAUUAUGCUCGCAUAAUUGAUGAUGGACUCUACAGAGCAAUUGAUAUAUACCUGAAGGCCCAUCCAUCCAUGACAGAGUCUGAGUGCAAGAAGCUGUGCAAGCUCAUCGACUGCCAGAAGCUCUCCCAAGAAGCCUCCAACCAUGCCGCCCAAAACGACCGCCUCCCCGUCGGGUUGGUCGUCCGUGUCCUCUACCUUGAGCAGCUACACCUCAAGUCCGCCCUCUCAGGUAACUCGGUCGACAGGUCUCUCUCUCAGAGGAUGAUCGGCAGCAGUGGGGCUCCAAGUUCGGCAGUGUCGCCGAGGGACAACUAUGCUUGCUUGAGGAGGGAGAACAGAGAGCUCAAGCUAGAGAUCUCCAGGAUGCGAGUGAGGCUCAGUGAAUUGGAGAAGGAACAGGCGUUCAUGAAGCAAGGGAUGAGGGAUGGUAGAUCAGGGGAACGCAGCAGAGCAUUCCUUGCAUCCCUCUCUCGGGGGAUAGGCCGGAUAGCGAUGAUCGCCCCGGCCACGGGAAAACAGUCGCAGGCAUCGGAUGGGAAGCGCCGGAGGCGGCAUAAGCACUCAGUCUCAUAGAAUUUCUACUGGAGUUUUAAUUUUGAACUGCAAAAAAAAUGUAUGUAUGAUGAUGACAUCUCAGUAUAUAUCAGGGCAGAUCCAAGAUCAAUCGGUUAUGAUGCAAAGCUGAAGAGUUUUUAUCCAUUCUUAUUAGAAUUUAGAUAAUAGAGGAGGUAUCCAGAUGCCAUCAUUCCAUUCAUAUAAUGAUCCAGAUAUGAAAAUAUCUGUCAAAACUGGUUUAAUUCUUAAAAAUUUUAAUAAUGCAGCUGGAGACAUUACUAACAAAUGACGUUUGAUAUAUUAAACGUAACAUCAGAUCAAAUCUCAUAUCUCAAAGAAAAUUAGUGACGAAACAUAAAAGCCCGGGUUUUGGAGCCUAAUCAACUCCUAAAAUUUAAAACCUGUCAGCUAGAUUCGUCACACUUGAUCCAUACUUGUAGAGCCAAAAAGCCUGUUCCAAUCUGGUUCAAUAUGCAUACUUGUAUUCAAGAUUUGAGAUGAGGAUACAAAGAGAUAGGAGUGAGGAUUAGAUUUCUCCUUUUCUUAAUAUAUAAAAAGGAAAGCUUUGUAAUAACUAGAAGCCUUAAAUUACACCCUUUUUUUCCGCCACACCUCAACACUCAAAAGCGCUACCAAAAAUAUAUGGACGGUAAAGCAUAUCAACCAUCCAUCUUGACAAGACAAAUUACUUCAAGAGAACACUUCGGAUUUAUUUACAUAUGAUGGAGCUUCGACAAUUAAAUUUUUAAAUAUAACAACUCUGGCUACCAACAGCAAAGGCUCUUACCCUACAUAUAUAAUCACCUCUUCGCCAUCGAGAGCUUAAUCAUCUCUCAAGCAUUCAAGAAUUCUGUUAUUCACACUUUCUACAUCUAAAUAUUUAGUAUCCAUAUAAGUAGAGAGUUUUAAAGAUGAUGCAGAGAACAUGUGCAUAGAAUUGGAUGGGGUAAGAACUUCUGGAUGGGGAAAAAAUCUGGCAACAAAAAACAUGACAAUAUUGGAUGACUCGGAAUCAUGAAAUAUUCAAUACCACUUCUAAACAUUCUGCAUACAUAAAUAUAAUGCAAAAACAUAAACUUUUCUUAGCGCAUAGAACAUUCACAGAAAACUUAUCUUGAUCAACAGAUCUUCCAGACUCUUCUUCCCAGGUCCAACUCUACCAGCAAUAAUUUGGGUCCAAAUCUUAGCACUACUAUUUAAACAACUCCAACGUCGAAUCUAACGUAUUUAACUUGUAGCUAAAUAGAAUUAUCAGUGACUCAAGACUUCAAGCUGACAAAAGGCAGACCCAAUAGAGCAAGCAGAAGUGCCAUUAAGGCUUAUCUUAGGAUCCCAUUGUAUGGGCAAGCCCAUUCAAA